CCCUCAAUUCAUUCCUUUUAAAAUUGGAAAGAAAUGACAUCUCAAUAAUAUCAUCAUCCGUUUGCUUUCCUUUGCUACUCCCUUAUUGCGCGUCAUAGACCUUACACUAUCUCCGAUCAAUCAGCAUCACAUUUCACAUUUCCCGAUCUCUCUUUCUCUCUCCUCGCAAUGCCUUUUUCUCUCUCCUCACCGCAAUUUUCGCCGGCAAUGCGAUGACCUGAAAUUCUCCAUUGUUGCCGGCGAGCUCGUGGAGAUCACAACUGGCUCCCGCCAUUGCUCCCCGGGUUUAGGUAAACCGUUAAGAAUUCUCUCUCUUUGAUUCUUCGAAGCUUUAAUUUCUAUUGACAAUCGUUGAAUUACUCUUUUCUUUUUGCAUUUCGGUAAGAAUUUUAAACACCGAAGUUGAGGUAUCUUCAGUUUGAGUCAUUUCACUGUUGAAUCGGAUUUUUUGGCUAUUACCUCAACGUAAUAGUGUCAAAUUAGGUCAUUAUUCAAAGAAGUUAACUCCGUUUGGCCCUUCAAAUUGAAAGGGUCAAAAUCUGGAGAAAAUUCGGUUGUAGAUUCGUUAUUCUUUGGUGGAAAAGGGAAGUCUAUUAUUUUACUCUGGAAAUUAGGGCUUUGCUUUUUUGAAACUUUCUCCUUGAUCAGAAAUUGGAAUUUGAUGGAGAAAAGAGAUGAGUCGGAUGAUUACUAGUGACAUUAUUGAACGCUUUUGACGGGGUUUAGUGGUAGUAUAAAUUGGGUUAUGUAAGUUGUGUAAGUAACUUGUGAAAUAUAAGAAAAUACCUAUGGAGGGGAAGAUGAACAAUGAUAAGGAUUCGAAGCGGUGUGAGGGUUGCAAUCCUGUGAGGAAACCUGGGCCUGUUUCAAUGGAUCAUGUUCUGUUGGCCCUUCAAGAAACUAAGGAUGAGAGGGAGCUGAGGAUUCGUAGUUUGUUCAAUUUUUUUGAUAAAUUGAGUACGGGAUUUUUGGACUAUGCCCAGAUUGAGUCUGGACUCACUGCGCUUCACAUUCCAUCCGAUUACAAGUAUGCUAGGGAUCUUUUGCAUGUUUGUGAUGCUAAUAAAGAUGGACGAGUUGAUUAUGAGGAAUUUCGGAGAUAUAUGGAUGAUAAGGAGCUCGAAUUGUAUCGCAUUUUUCAAACCAUUGAUGUGGAGCACAAUGGGUGCAUAUUACCCGAAGAGCUCUAUGAUGCACUUGUCAAAGCAGGGAUUGAGAUUAAUGACGAGGAACUUGCUCUUUUUGUUGAGCGUGUGGAUAAGGAUAAUAAUGGUGUCAUAACCUUUGAAGAAUGGAGGGACUUCCUUCUCCUUUAUCCGCAUGAAGUAACUAUUGCGAAUAUCUACCAUUACUGGGAGAGGGUCUGCCUUGUUGAUAUUGGUGAACAGACUGUUAUACCAGAAGGUGUCAGUAGGCAUCUUCACGCUGGCAGAUAUCUAAUUGCAGGGGGUAUCGCAGGUGCUGCAUCUCGUACUGCAACUGCUCCUUUGGAUCGUUUAAAAGUGCUUUUGCAAGUUCAGACGAAGGAUGCUUGCAUUAUGCCGGCAGUAAGUAAAAUAUGGAAAGAAGGAAAAGUUUUUGCCUUCUUCCGGGGCAACGGAUUAAAUGUUGUGAAGGUGGCACCUGAAAGCGCUAUUAGAUUUUACACGUAUGAAUUGCUUAAGGGAGUCAUAAUGGAUGCCAGAGGAGGAGAGAAAGCUGAUAUUGGUGGUAUGGGUCGCCUUGUUGCUGGUGGCUUAGCAGGCGCUAUUGCGCAGACUGCAAUCUAUCCGAUUGAUCUUGUGAAGACGCGGUUGCAAACACAUGAAUGUGUGGGUGGAAAAGUCCCUGGACUAGGUACGUUGACAAAGAAUAUAUGGGUCAAAGAAGGAUCACGAGCUUUCUACAAGGGUCUUUUCCCAUCCCUUCUUGGAAUCAUUCCUUAUGCGGGCAUAGAUCUUGCUGCUUAUGAAACACUGAAGGAUAUGGCUAAGCUACAUAUACUCCAAGAUAGUGAACCUGGACCUCUUGUGCAAUUGGGUUGCGGAACCAUAUCUGGUGCUGUUGGAGCAACUUGUGUUUAUCCAUUGCAGGUUGUCAGAACAAGAAUGCAAGCUAGUCAGUCAAAAGCAAGGAUGUCUGAAGUUUUCUGGACAACUUAUCAAAAGGAAAGAUUAAGGGGAUUUUACAAAGGACUGUUUCCAAACCUUCUAAAAGUGAUUCCAUCGGCAAGUAUUACUUAUCUGGUUUAUGAGGCCAUGAAAAAGCGUCUGGAAUUGGAAUAAGAUAUAACAUCGCAUAAUGUUCUCCCUUAACAUAGCCAGCUAUAUAUGCUAUGGAAUUGGCGAUAUUGGUGCUUCAAUACAUGGAUGAUAAAGAAUAAUGGUGUUCUUAUUGAGUAGAUAAAUGAUUGUUUUGAUUAUAUACAUACCACCCCAAAGUCCCUGCUUGUUUUCGUAGUAAAAUUGUGUAUUAGUAAUUUGAAUUUUCCUGUGUUCAAUCAAUGUGUCAUCAUGAUCGUUGUAUGAUCAGCAGCAUAAUAGAAACAGCUGAUUACCAAUUUUGUAGUGACUGGAGGAAGUUUGUUUUCAUAAGAACGGCCAGUACAUUUUCUUCAAAACUUCAUGUUGUACUCUUACGGCCCGUUUGGUAGAGGUUAAUAAAUGGUGAUAAUGGGAAUGAAUUUUAAGUGUAA